UAACACGUCGGUGCACGCUUUCUAUAUCCGGAUAAACAUACCGCUAAAGAACUGUGUAGUAAUGAUUUCGAGUUUACGACACACGUGUGUAUUUGACCGUAUACAUGGUAGAUACACGGAAUGAAUUAUACAAAUUAGUAUUAGUCUGUAAGAUCCGGAUCCUCCUUACUAUAAAAAAUGGUAGACAAGGAGCUCGACCAGUAUCUAGCAAAGAAAACCAACUUUAAGAGGACACUAUCAAAUAUCACACAACUGGAAAAUAAAGUCUUUACAGAACCGCCCCGGUAUGAGAAUGACGCUGAGUUCUUUACCACUGUGAUCCAUAAAACACAGGAUCGAUUGUUAUCUAUAAUAAAAGACCCAAACUUCGGUCCGGAUAAAAACCGUGUAUUUUGUUCUGUCGCUAGAAAGUUUCUAAGCGAUCUUAACAAUCUUAUCUUUUUUGUGGCGUCUACAAGGAAGGAGAAAUUUGAGAGAGGUCAAGUUAUUGGAGACGAAUUAGAAGAAAAUGGAACAAUUCGAUUUUUCUGUAAGACAAUUUUGGAAUCUAAGACGGUUCUCCCUGGGCUGUCUGAGGCGGCGAAAGUAUGCGUGGACAUUUUAAAUGACAUGGCCAACUACUCAGCGGCCGUGUGUCGCACGUGCAUGGAAUACAAAGGCAUGCUGCCCUACAUACGGGAGGCACUGGAAUUGUGGCGGGAACCUCUUCACAAGGGUCAACUCUCGGAGGAACAGGCUAACCAUAUGUACACGUUUGUUGGACUUGUACACAACUCCUGUAUGUGUUGUACGACUGUCACUACAACUGUCCGUUCGUCCUGUAUCAUCAAAGUCCUUAAGGAAAUUCUUCUGUGCCCUGAUCUCAAUCGCGAGCAUGGUAUGAUGGUGGUGGCUGCUAUUGCUGACGUCAUGGACGAAGGAGACAUUGACUCGGUCCUUCGCGAUGAAAACAAUUACAAAUGGGUUAAGUUAUUUAUAGAACAUCUGAGAGAGGCGAUUAAGCAUCCCGACUUGCAAAGUGACGGAUGGUUUGCGUUUGAAUGUGGUCGUGUGCUGCGCCAGCUGUCCUGUUUUGAUGCCAACAAGGUGCUUUUAGUGAACUUAGGUGCGUUGCCAGUACUUGUUCAAUUGGCGAGGAUUGACGAAGAAAUAUGUCUUUUCGAGGCAGUGACUGCACUGAGUCAGCUGGCCUUCGAGCCAGAGGCCCAGACGGCAAUGAUAGCGAAUGGCGAGGGGGAAACGAUCCCGCUUCUCUUCAAACUAAGCACAGAUUGCACAUUCGAACAGAUACGAGAAAUAGCGAGAGGUACAAUCUGGACAAUGGCCAGGCCAUUGCGAGAGUCGCCAAUUUAUGGACCUAUGGUGCACACUCUGUUUGCCAAGAAAACACGAGGACAUAUAAUGAUAAGUUAUUCGCGAGAACAGCGCCAGCUUUUACUGGAUAUCCGGGCAGAGCUAGAGGAAAAUAAUUUUGCGGUGUGGAUGGACGUUGACCAAAUGAGAGGGGACGUUUACGAGAGAAUGGCAGAGGCUGUCGAAAAUGCUGCCAUCGUACUUCUAGCAAUGUCUCGGAGCUACAAGAUGAGCGAGUACUGCCGCAGAGAGGCAGCAUAUGCCGGAAAGCUAAAUAAAAGCAUCAUACCACUGAAAGUAGAAAAGGAUUACGAAGCGGAUGGUUGGCUUGGUAUAAUGACUGCUGGGAUGUUUUUCUACGACUUUGGUGGUAAAUCAUUCAAGAAUAUUAUGGCCAAGCUCCUCCCUGAACUCAAGCAUCUCGCCUAUCGGAAAGGAGAGGUUGAGAAUUGGAGACGUCAACCACUGGAAGCUGCCUCUCCCGAAACAGGAGUGCCUAUACCUCCGCCAUUACAGCUACCAUCCUCCGUUCCCUCGGCAAGCCGAAAUGUCGUGACUUCCGCCCGGGCACCGCGCAUGUCUAGAAAGAAAUUCCGAGACAUUAAUGAGUCGACAUUCCAGGAGUGGCUCGACAACUACAACCUACCAAGAGACCGAUUCAAUUUGCUUAGACCAAAAGAUAUCUUGUACCUUGCUAGGAUGAAAGACGAGGCCCCGGAAAGUUAUCAUAACAUAGGCCGGAAAUUAUUCAAGGACAAAAAGGACCCUCUGUUGAAGACAAGGAUAAUGGCGGACUUAACGGAAGCUCUGGACGAUCUCGUAUGAUCACGUUCGAUUUCACGUUUUUAUGAGAUUCCUGUGUCAUUGUGUAAUUAUAUGCAAAUUACAGUAAAAGUUAGUAAAGUUGCAAAGGGUAUAUCAGAUAUAUUUUUGACAAAUUGUAAUUUUGUAAACAUGAAUAUACAUGUAAUUCAUAUACAUUAGUGGUCUGUUUCAUUAAUAUUCCUUAGCUUAAGAAAAUGCCUUAACUAAAAAAAAAAUGAAAGGUAAGCAAUAAAAAAUUAAGAAAAGGUUCCUUAAUUAAGAUGUUUUCAUUAAAUUUCAUAAAUUUCUUCCUGUGGAGAAAUUUUAGUUAGCAGGUUUCCUUACUUUAAGGAACGUUGAUGAAACCGGACCGGAUAUAUAACAUCAUGAUAUGUUAUCACGUGACGUUCUGUUACACGACAACAUUAUUUUGAGAUUCGUAAUUGAAACGUAUUCCUACGCAUCUAGUUUAUACAUUGUAGGUGUCUUAUGGCAUUGUUCAUUUGAAAAAAGAAAUAAAAAAAAACUUUUUCAUGAUUGACGUACAUUCUUAUCAUGCACUUCUCAUAUCAUAUUAUUUUGUUGUUCAAUUAUUCAUUUCCAAUAUAAAAGCACGUGACUGCAAGAAUUUGACGUUCCAAAUGUUGCUUUACAUGUACAUAUAUAUUUUUGUCAAUAACGAUAUGCUUUAAAACUAUCUUUUAUACCUGAAUAAGAUACAUGUACAUGCACAUGUAAUGUAUUGUGCCAUUUAUAUAUACAUGUAUUACACUUAUAUUGUUACAUUUUCCAUUGUUAUCUAUUGUUUAGGCUAAUGAUUUUUGGUAUUGUGAUUAGCUAGCAUGGAGGAGGUUUAAGUUAUUGAAAUAAAGAAGGAGUGCCAAUUUGGGCCUUCUGGUGUCUAUAACCGGUAA